CUUUUCGCUCUCUCUAUUCUUAUCUAUCUUUUCUCUCUCUUCUCGCGCACAGUUUCUCUCUCUAAAAAAAAGGAAACACACCGAACGGAGGCUCCGACCCGAAUCGGACGAGUCGACUCAGCCCCGAACCCGUUCUCUGGUGCUUCUUCUUCAAUCGCAUUUCGCUUCCAUUGAUUUUCUCUCUCUCUCUUAAUGAGUUUCCGCCAUGGGCGCCGAAUUCGGUUCUGAAGUUUCUGCGUUGAACUCUGUUGGAUAUUGAUUUGGAAGAAGGAAGAAAAGGAUAAGUAGGGUUAGGGUUUUCUCGAAAGCAUUGAUUUUUAUUUUUGUUGGGAGGUUGAAUUUCGGUUGUUCUUAGGGUUUGAAUCGAGACGGGGAAGAUUGGCGUGGGUUAGAGUAUAAUGUGUAUACUUUGUGUGAUUCAGAAGUGGUCUCGCCGGGUUGCUACAAUGCUACCUUGGUUGGUUAUUCCGUUAAUUGGUCUAUGGGCGCUUUCUCAGCUCCUUCCACCAGCUUUUAGGUUCGAGAUUACCUCGCCUCGUCUGGCUUGUGUAUUUGUGUUGCUGAUUACACUCUUUUGGUAUGAGAUUUUGAUGCCUCAGCUGUCUGCUUGGAGGGUGCGGAGGAAUGCACGGCUUAGGGAGAGGAAGAGGUUUGAGGCCAUAGAAAUGCAAAAGCUAAGGAAGACAGCUACUAGGCGGUGUCGUAACUGCUUGAAUCCAUAUAGGGACCAGAACCCUGGUGGGGGUCGGUUUAUGUGUUCAUAUUGUGGGCAUAUUUCGAAGCGACCAGUUUUAGACUUGCCUGUGCCGCCUGGGUUGGGGAUUUCAAAUUCUGGUUUAGUUAAGGAUUUGGUUGGAAAAAGUGGCAAGAUAUUAAAUAGCAAGGUUUGGUCUGAAAAUGGGUGGAUGUGCAGUCAGGACUGGCUGGAGAAUGGCAAUUGGGUUGGCGGAUCUAUGCCGAGUAAUCCAAGCAACUGGAGGACAAAUGGGAAUGCUGGUGUUUUUGCAGAUGAGCAUUGUUUGACAGAGAGGUCAUAUUCUGGUAUUUUGUUUUUUGUUUGCAAGCUUUUGACAUCUUUUUUCUUGAGCAUUAGAUGGCUCUGGAGAAAGGCUUUUAGAAUUAGUUCAAGAGAAGAAUGUUCAUCUGAUGCUGAACAUAGGGCGCUUUUAGCAAAGCGGGGUGAGAACGGGGGAAGCCUCAAUGAAAGUAGAGGUGAAAGAGCACGGAGGAAGGCAGAGGAGAAAAGACAGGCUAGGCUAGAGAAAGAACUUCUCGAGGAGGAGGAGAGGAAACAGAGGGAGGAGGUUGCAAGGUUAGUCGAGGAGCGUAGAAGACUGAGGGAUGAGAAAGUUGAAGCUGAAAAAGAUCGCAGUAAAUCGUCACAAUCCAGUAAGGAGAAAGAAAGUAGGAAGGAAACUGAGAAGAAGCGUCAGGAAAAAAGAAGGGAGAAAGAUAAGGGGUCUAGUAAGAGCAACUCUGAUGUAGAAGAAUUAGAAAAGAAAGCUGGAAAGGAAAGCGAGCGGAAGCGGGACUUUGAUAAAAAGAGUGAAACUGAUCGGAGAGAGCAUCAGAAAUCUGGGUUAGAGAUUGGCAAGGGACAGAGUACAGACAAUGCACAUAGUAAAAAUGUUGUGAACAAUUAUAAUCGAGGAAGUACUGGAACAAGAUAUCUUGAUCGUAUGCGAGGUACAAUUUUGUCCUCUUCAAAGGCACUUGGUUUUGGAAGGGGUACUAAUGUUCCUACCACUGUUUUGAAAGAAAACAAGUUUAACAGUUCUGUAGAUCAUGUUCAUACUGCUGCCAGCAGGAGAGAUGUUGGUCUUCCUGAUCGUCCAGCUGCAAAAUCCAAUUUGAAUGGAGAUGAUAGGAAUAUCACUCACUCUGUUAUUCCAGAACCAAAACCAUGGUCAGCACCUAAAAUGUCAUGGCAGCAAUUAUUUACUCGCGGUUCAUCUGCUCCUCAACCCUCAAAUUCGAAUGUAAUAUGUAGACCGAAUUCCAAGACUCAAGGAGAAAUCAAAAGCCCUCAGUUAUCUGCUCCACCACCGGUUACACAAUCUUUUAAUAAUCCAAUCCACUUUGGUCUUCCAUCACCAUUUAAUAUUUCCACAUUUCCAAAUGGAACAACUAGUAGUAGUAGUCUUGGUUUUUCUCCUGCAAUUGAACCCAUAUUCUCACCUGCUGGGAAUAAAGCACAUGACUAUAGGCAUGAAGAACAAGAGCUUUUUGAAGAUCCCUGCUAUAUUCCUGAUCCAGUAUCUUUGCUUGGGCCUGUUUCGAAGUCACUUAAUGAAUUUGAUCCAGUAUCCUUGCUUGGGCCUGUUUCCCAGUCACUCAAUGAUUUUCAGUUAGACAAGGGAAGUGCCUUUGUAGCAGACACGGAAGUAGCAAAGCCUCACUCUUUGAAAAACAUAACUGCUAGUUCUGAAGUCAGUAAGCCGUCUCCAAUUGAGUCGCCGUUAUCCCGAGAGAAGCAUAGCUGUUCUAAUCGGUUUCCAAGUACCCCCAGCACCCAAGAUAAUGCACUUCCUUUGGACAAUGCAGCUACAAGUGAGAAGGGAACAUGGCAGAUGUGGAGUACCCCUCCACUAGGUCAGGAAAGUUUAGGUUUAGGUUUGGUUGGUGGCCCUGGUAGCUGGCUUUUAUCCUCACAAAGAAAUGUACCAAACAAGGAUGAUUUUGUGCUUCCGUCAUCUCAGAAGACUAUGGCUUCUCUUUUUAACAAAGAUGAUAACAUAUCCCAUUCUCCCCAAAGUGUUUUUAUUCCCAAUGGUCAGAGUAGCGGCGCAUUCAGCCCUGUUCCUGGUUCAAGUGGUUAUGAUCCUUGGUCACAGACUGCUUUCUUUCCACCAUUGUCCGGUGGGCUUAAAGCUCAGGAGGGUGCUACCCAGAAUGAAAUAAUAUAUGGGAGUCCAAGUGGUUCUGCUAGCAGCCGUGUGCUUGAGGAUUCUCCAGCUAACAGUUGGUCCAAAAAGGAAUGGGCUGUACAAGGUUCUGUGGAAAGUGUAGGGAAGUCACCUGUUGCAAGGCCCCAUAAUGGCAGUUUACAUCCAUCUUCAGAUGUACAGUCAUUUUGGUGAUUUGAUUGAAAAAGAAAAAGAAAAUAGAAAGAAAGAGGAUAGUGACAGGGUUAUGAGGGACUUGAUAAACAUAACUGUUCUUAGAGGCAAAUUACCGAACGUAUUGUAUCUUCCUUUCUUCUUUAUGAAGGGAGAUUGAUGUUUACAUAA